AUGAAAUUCACAUUAAGCCUAUUUGCCAUUUUGGCCAUUAUCGGACUGGGACAAACUCAUCAGUUCCCGAAUUUCGGUACAGGUCUUCUUCAUGAGGAUUUACAAGACAUUCUAGAUUUAGUUCCUCUAGAAAAAAUUAUCGAUGAUAUUGUGUACUAUGUGAUGCAUGAUAAUGAAAUACAAGAGAUAUUUAAUGACUUUCAUCAAAAUACACCUAUAAUCAAACGCAUGCUGAUAGACAUUCAAACUAUUCCUGAAGUACUCAGGCUACUUAUGUAUCUGCAUAAUGAAGGCAUCAAUAUUUUUCACGUAAUAAACAUGAUUAACCAAGCACAUGAUAUUAAGGAACUCGUACCAUCCAGCUCUCAAACGUAUUCUAUAACGAGAAAGACAACUGGCGGACUCCGCGGAUUGAUCAAUGAAAUCAAGAAACACAUUGAUUAUGAUGUCUUUAUUAGCAUAUUCGCGGAUAAAUUAAAAACCUCUACAGCCUUUGUCAACUUCAUUAACCAACUUAAAUCCAACAAUUUCCAACAGAUUGUUAACAAAAUUUAUAAAAUUGAGACCUUCCAGUUAAUCCUAAACUAUCUUGAGGUUAAAUCAGUGAGUUUAAAAAUUGUGGAAGAUAUCAUGUAUCUCGUUCUCGGCAUCAAAGUACCAAGUCUUCCUUCUAAAACGAUAAUAGAAGAACUAAAAGAUUUCAUCCAUCUUAUUCCGAUAGAAAAGUUUUUCAAUAUAAUAAUCCAGUAUGUAAAUGAAGAUGAAAAAGUACAGAAAGCUGCACUGUUCAUAUUCACAAUUGAGUUCCACGAUCUGCUGCGUGCUCUCGAAGCUCUUAAGGAAUAUCAAGCAUUCGUGGUAUAUUUAGAAAAGGCUGGGCUCCCUGUUAUUGAAUCUAUUCAAGCAUUACAUCAUGCUAUCGGCAUGGAAAAAUAUAUGCCAUCCAAAAUAAAGAAUCUUUUUAUGUCUCUAAGUAAGAUACAGAAUAUCGGUGAUGGAAUGGAAGGACUGUUCAAGGAUCUUUAUGAUGUAUUACCUUUGGACGAAAUUGAUGCUCUUUACAUAAAAAAGUUAAAAACUUCCAAAGUCUUCACUGAUUUCAUCACAAAGAUUACGUCCAAAGAAAUGAAGGAAAUCAUCAAGAAUCUAAUCGCUCAUGAGACCUAUAAGUUGUUUAUCAUGAAAACUAAUGAAGUGGGAUUGGAUGUGAAAGGAUUAACAAAUUUUAGCAACAGAAUAAUUGGCCUUAAAUCCCUAUAUUAA